AUAAAAGCGUGGGGCUGGCAGCGGGACGGUCUCACUCCGCCGGCGGCAGCGGACCGCGCGCAGCGUCACCGCUCUCUUCAGCACCGGGCGCAGCCUCCCCGCACAGAACACCCCAAGAUGGAAGAGGAAAUCGCAGCGCUCGUGAUCGACAAUGGCUCCGGCAUGUGCAAGGCGGGAUUCGCCGGGGACGACGCGCCCCGCGCCGUGUUCCCGUCCAUCGUGGGCCGCCCCCGGCACCAGGGCGUGAUGGUGGGCAUGGGGCAGAAGGACAGCUAUGUGGGCGACGAGGCGCAGAGCAAGAGGGGCAUCCUGACCCUGAAGUACCCCAUCGAGCACGGCAUCGUCACCAAGAAGCUGUGCUACGUCGCCCUGGACUUCGAGCAGGAGAUGGCCACUGCUGCCUCUUCCUCCUCCCUGGAGAAGAGCUACGAGUGCCCUGACGGGCAGGUCAUCACCAUCGGCAACGAGCGGUUCCGGUGCCCGGAGGCUCUUUUCCAGCCCUCAUUCCUGGGCAUGGAGUCGUGCGGCAUCCACGAGACCACCUUCAACUCCAUCAUGAAGUGUGACGUGGACAUCAGGAAGGAUCUGUACGCCAACACGGUGCUGUCAGGCGGUACCACCAUGUACCCCGGCAUCGCCGACAGGAUGCAGAAGGAGAUCACAGCCCUGGCACCCAGCACGAUGAAGAUCAAGAUCAUCGCCCCUCCGGAGCGCAAAUACUCCGUGUGGAUCGGCGGCUCCAUCCUGGCCUCCCUGUCCACCUUCCAGCAGAUGUGGAUCAGCAAGCAGGAAUAUGACGAGUCCGGCCCAUCCAUCGUGCACCGUAAAUGCUUCUAAACGGACUGCUGGCAGGUGCACAGCAUCUGCUGCAUGAGUCGUCUCACUAGUAUACGUUUGCCCUGGCAAAUCUAUACACCUCAUGCUAGCCUCAUAAAACUGGAAUAAGCCUUCUUUCAAAAGAAACUUUGCCCUUGGAAAGUCUGUACCUGAUGUCGUUAGUUGUGUCAGCGCUGGGUUGGCGAGCUGGCACUCGAUUCCAUCAUUUAUUCACCGUUUGGUGCACAUUUAGAGGAAAUACCCUGCACAGAUCUGCUUGGGGGGGUUGUGCUGCGUGCCCAGAUGUGUGCAGGGUAUUCAGAGUCAGUCAGGCUUCCAUCCAGUGCAGAGUAUUCCAGAUUUGGUGUAGAGGCUGGUAGGAGAUCCAUCCACACCCACUUCUGUCGCCGCCGUUCUAAGCAAGGUUGGGAAACAUAUCUGCAUCCGAGCCUUACCAACCAGCCCUCCUCCUCCCCACCCCUCUAUAACCACCACGGGGCUGAGGUUCCUCAACGCGGGUUGCUGAAACUUGGCAUUGACACCUGUAAAUUUAUGCAUCGUUUUAAUUUAUGUAAGACUUCUUUCUUUUUGUUUUUUUUUUUUCUUUUUUUGGGUUUUUUUUUUUUUUUUUUUUUUUUGUACGUUGCCUUAAAUGUUCUCACGUUGACGGUAGGAAACCAAAAUUGGGAAAGUCAUCCUCCGGGUUGAGAAAUCGUUCAAACGCCCAACGACACAUCAUUGUGUAAGGAAAAUAAUAAUAAAGGAAAAAAAAAACCGCUGCAGUAAACUCCA